UCAUUGUUUGAAAAGGCGUGCAUCGGGAAGGACGCAAAAAACGGGUAACUCCGGAGUUAGUCUGCAUUUUGUGUAUCGUUUUGUGUGUGUAAAUAACUAGCAAAAACACAGUGGGAAACUAGCAACAACAAAAAGAACGAGUUUUAUAUAAUCUGGAUUUGCUCCCUGGUGCAUAUAGAACUGGUUAAAUCGCCUUAGAAAAGAAUAUAGAUAUAAAAUACUAUAAUACGACGGGCUUGUACAUUGCGAAUGCGUCGUCCGUUUGACUUAUUGAUAUAAUAAAAUUGAUUUCGGUUUCGCGUGUCCGCGAACGUUCGGUUAGCUGCUGCAAGAUUGUGUCGGUGCGGGGCUAGGGUACAACCGGUGUGUGGACGCGGUGUGAAAGUGCUGUUAAUUGCAGAGCGGACUGGGCUCUGCCGAGGUUCCAUUCAAAUAGUGCCAUCAUUUGCUGCUCUGGUGGUAGACAGCUGCAGAUUUUUACUGGUGGACGAGCAAUGAGUGCAAUCAAUAAUAGUAGACAUCAGAAGCUGGAACAGCAACGCCAACUGAUGGAAGCCUAUAUCAGACAGAAACGAGCAACGCCCGGGAUGGUACAGGCAAGUGAUCUACAGCUAGUGCGACCUAUGUCGGCAGUGAAUCGAAACGGACGCGAAGUGCAUGCAUACGACGGCCCGAUGCAGUUUAUGAUGUCGCCCAGCAAUCCGGACCAGAUCAUCAGCACACCACCGGUGGCGGCAAUUACCAGCAGUAAUGCCCCGACAACCGGAAGCACAUCGAUCACGACGACACCGACCUCGCCGUACAGCGAUGAUGUUCCGCAUGUUUCCGCAGCGCUGGAAAAGCUGACUCCUUCGUCACAGGACAGCGAGGACGAGGAAAGUACCCCGGUGGACAUACUUCCGACACAGAACAGCUUCGACCGGCACAGUGAACACCUGGCCCAUUCGGCACCAAUCUCACCUGCCUUGAACAACAACAGCCAUCACGGCGGUAGCAGUAGUAACCUUAAAAGUAUAGAACAUUCCUCGCCUCAGGCCAGCAGUGGCCCCAAUGAUACCGAGGGGGACGUUAACGGACCGAUGGAACAGUGGGUGACGCAACCGGCACCUCAGGGAGUACUGUAUAAGUGUCGAAUCACGCGGGACCGGAAGGGUAUGGAUCGGGGGCUGUUCCCGAUCUAUUAUCUACACCUGGAGCGAGACUAUGGAAAGAAGCUGUUUUGUUUAGCGGGGAGAAAACGUAAAAAGAGUAAAACAUCAAAUUACAUCGUUAGCUGUGACCCGACUGAUUUAUCACGCCAGGCAGAUGGGUUCGUGGGGAAGCUCCGGUCCAAUGUGUUCGGCACGACGUUUUUCGUGUACGACAAUGGGAAGAAGGAAGAUCUCGCUAAUCCACGGCUAGAUCUGGCGGUAGUUAUCUACGACACCAAUAUUCUAGGAUUUAAAGGACCUCGCAAUAUGACCGUUCUCCUGCCAGGCAUGACGGAAGACGACCAAAGGGUGAAGAUCAGUUCAGCAGACAAUCAUCAGGGACUGCUCGACAGUUGGAAGUCAAAGAACAUGGACAAUGUCGUUGAACUGCACAACAAGACGCCGAUCUGGAACGACGAGACGCAAUCGUACGUGCUCAACUUUCACGGCCGGGUCACGCAAGCCUCGGUCAAGAACUUCCAGCUGGUGCACGACUCGGACCCGGAGUAUAUUGUGAUGCAGUUCGGGCGAACGUCGGACGACAUCUUCACGAUGGACUUUCGGUAUCCGCUGUGCGCCUUUCAAGCUUUCGCGAUCGCGCUCAGCAGCUUCGAUGGGAAGCUGGCGUGCGAGUAGGGAUGGUAUGCAGCAGCAGGGGCAGGGGCGGAACUGGGCAGAGAUGAAUGGUAAUUUAGGAAUUGGAAUGAUUAGCAGAACACCAUAACGUAUGUACGUCACAUGUUGAUGGUACGUGUGGCAUCAAGGGGAUCAACGUAAAGGUUUGUUUUAGGUGAUUUGAAAAAUUGGAUUUAGUUGGAUUUGUCCGACCGCGAUUUGAUGGGAUAAUGAAACUAUUCAGGUAAAUUUAAUCGGAGUAUCACAAUUAGGGCGAGAGAACAGUAAAUAGUGAACAAAUCACAGUUUAAGUCGAAGUUCGCAAAAUACUAAUGGUUCAAAUCAAUUACUAGAGUAACAAAUGAUUAAAAGAAAGAUUUCUACAAGUACAUUCAGCAAAAUGCCAUGCUUAAAAGCAGAGGCGACGCGUCGGUACGUUCAACCUGUUCAUUGAACAGGUUAGCAAAAACUAAUCCGGAAUCCAUUUUCAGUUAAAAUUAACAGCAGCGCCACACAAAUUAAAUUAAAUGAAGGUAAUAAUCUCCAAAACUUGAAGCUCGAUAAUUUGAUCCGAACGAUAAACCAACCUAGCAUACCAAGCGAGUAAAUUUCAAAAAAUUUCUAUCUUCCCAUGACCGGUUCAACCUCAGCCAUGCACGCAUCUCGUACUCUCACCGCAUGCUCUAAAUAGAGCAGCUGCAUGAGCGACGGCUGGAACAGCAGCGUGUUCGGCAUGAGUGACGGCUUUUUCUAUUUCCUUGUGCACCGGUUCAAGUCAAAUAUUGAACCAGCGUGCAUUGCUAUAGCGUCCAUAUGGGCGUCAGAGUUGUGUGCAAACGAGAGCGCAUUAUAAUUUUUGAGCGCGUGGCGCCGUACGUUCAUAACAGUCGGUCUAACGCUGUUUUGGGUAGCCUGAACAAAAUGUUGCUGCACUUGGAGCAUAUUGGUUUUUGGCGCGUAUGUAUUUCGUUGGUUAAACAAUAAUAAUGAACCGCCUACUUUUGCUUCAAAGAAAUUGUUUGUUGAAAACUUCUCUACUGAGAGUGUAAAAUGGACAUAAACUCAAACCAGGGGUUGUUCGAAUGAUCUGGCGUUCUAUUGGAAUAAUGAAUGAGUUGAUGUUAAAUAUCUCAUGCCUACGCUUUCAAACGAGAAUGGUUUUUUUCUGGAUUCAAUGAAUUACACGAGGAACAUUCAAAUUUCUAUCCCAUUUGAAAGAAUUGAGAUAUGACUUUAAACCGGUUGACAAAUAUUUCAAUCUUUCUAAUACAGAAGGACGAAUAUUUUUUGGUGUGUAGAACAUAAGAUACUACAUUUCAAGUUAAUGCAUAUCAUACCAUGAUUAAUAACCAUUUCCGAAAUUCAUCGUAGUUUCGUUGUCUACGAUGAAUUUCUUGCAAUGUAAAUGUUUAAAAUUACGAAAAUUUUCGUUCAUCAAGUCACCAUAUAUUCAGUUUGAAUAAUGAAACAGAUUCGUAAUAAGCGUACGAAAGUCGUUUUGUGGUUUGUACGGAAAACUCGCAAUGAAAAUAAAAACGUUUCCGUAGAACUACGAAUGAUUAAUCCUAUGUACGAAAAAUUCGUAUAUAGCAGAUAUACAGAUAUAUUCUCUCAGUGAAUUUUUGGCUCUUUUAAGCAUUCCAAACGCUUGUUUGACAAUUCACCGAGUUUUGACUAAAAAUUUAUUUUGCUCAGGUCUUACGAACAGAAAAACCCGUCGACGAACAUCUUUUAUUGGCCCUAUUCGUUAGAUGUUGGAUGGAAUCAACGAUUUUGUCGGACGUCGAACUCACCCGAGUAACGUCAGAAGAGAUAAACAAGAAAUACUCAGCUGGUCUAAAGACGUACCAUGUAGUCGAAUUAGAGAUGAUUGAACAAGUUGACGGUGGAACCACGCGUCGCCUCUGCUUAAAAGGUAUAAAAGUGCAACUUAGUGAUAGUGAGCGCAAGAAACUGUACAGAGCUUUUGUAUAGAUUUGUAUAGGAGCGAGAUAAGUAAUAUUUAUUUGUUUUUUAAGGAUUUUUAGUUCUUCCUAAAAAUUAUACAAAAUGGAAAACCAUGCUAAUUCACAGUUAGAGACAAUCAAGGCAACCGAAAAAGACAACCUGUUUUGUAGUUUAGUUUGCGGAACUUCUUAUCCAGCUAUUCAUCGAGAUUUGGUAGGCUUCAAAAGAGUAACAACUGCUACGAUGUUCCAUUUUCCUAUUUUAAUAUAAAUAAUUUACCAUCUUAUCUGAAAAUGUCAGUUGGUUCAUCCUGGUGUUCUACAACUAAAUUCGACAUUUUUUGUGUUACGCCGUUUUAAGAUUCAACUGAGCCUACCUCAUAAAGCAAAGCGGCCAGCUUUGAAAACGAAAAUAACCUAGAGGUCGUGUGGCUUCCAGCGGGUUAAAGUAUCCCAGCCAAGAAUCGAUCCACUGGGUUCCUGCUCCCGUGUCGUAAGAGGCGACUGAAAACAGAAGUCCUCAAGUCGAGGUGUUUUUCCGCGCCAGGGACUGAAUGGUUGGCCUGAUUAAAAUAUGCCAGUCACGCAUGGAGUGUCGUGGGUCUUACACUUGCUGUGUUAAGCGAAUCUCUGAAACAUUGGACGUUUGUUUCUUCGCCAAUAAAGGGAUUAAAAUGAUGGUCAUGCCUCUAAUGCACAUUUCGGGUUUCACCAUGGUCGAUUAUAAGCCAACAUGUUUGGUAUCUUCUAGUUGAUGAAAUCUAUCUAUACAUCUAUUCAGCCUUUUACAGGAAGCAAAAGGUUCCAUAGCUUUGGUUCAAAAACCGCAUACAUGAAGGAAAAGUUCUUUGUUGGAAAGCUAUUUAACCUUGCCAAAGAAAAAUGGUUUGACAACUCCAUGUGAAAUGCCUCGUGCAUGUAAAUUUGUGAAUAGUGCUCUUGACUUCUAGGCGACUGUGAGCUCGUGAUAUUUGUGCAUUCACAGUGAAUACGACUGUUGAUAACAUAGCCGGAAAAUACGCCAAUUGUUCUGCAUAUUUGUCGCCUAACGAAUCAUCAUCUUCUGAUGAUUUUAAAAGGGUUGUAUCAUACAGUGGCAAAAAUGAGUUUCCACUCAUAAUCGACAGCGAAGCAAAUGCAUUUGUUAUGUCGCCUUAUAGAACUAAAUAGAGAUCUGAUUUUUUAAAUUAAUUCCACGUGAAUAAGCGGUGCAUAGCUCUAUUGUAUUGUUCUACAAUUUUUUACAAAAUUCAAAACUUUUAGAGCGACUUGGUGGAAUUAUUCACAAUUAUUCCUGUAGGGCAACUGUCUUUCGUUUAAUUCCACUAUAAUAUUUUAGUGUAAUUAAAAGGAAGACAUCUGUCUUAACAGGAUUAAUUGUAUUGUUGUUUUCAUACACGGGAAUCUAAACAUACCUUCUUGGCAAAUUUCGUGUCAGUCUAAUAAAUAGAGAUAUGCGCCACGUCCUCAUUAUUCCGUGAUAUUAGUAAAACAUUCCCAACUUGGUAAUCUAGGGGUAGUUAUGUUAAAUAUUCUUCAAUCAUCUUCAUCAAUAUCCUAUUACCAAAAGCGAAUUGAAUUCAUUCCUGUUUCCUUUUUAAGAGGCGAUUACUCUAGGUAUGAAUAAGCAUGGCUAUCGCGCAUAAAUUGGAAGCCUUUAACAAUAUACCGAAACAAUACAAUUGUAAUAAGGAAAUGUCAAACCUAGCAAAGUAGCUCGUGUAAGCAAAGCACUAAGCAACAACUUCAGUCAGUAUUAGCGAUUGAGAAAGAUAAGAAAUAAAAAAAGAAAACGAUUUGCUCAUUUUCGAACAAAAGGCCUAAUAUUUAAGCGAAGUCGGUUAAUUGAUUUUAUAAAACGUUUCUUUGCCUGACUAGGUGAUAGUAGGGACAACUCUACUACUACAGUAAAUAGCAAAGCUGAAACAAAUAAUUGAACAAUGUCCCUUUGCGAACAGGUAAGGAGCAAGCUAAACAGUUAUUAUUAAAACAAACUCAGUCAAACAAAACAAAGCCAGAUACAAACACUAUUCAGUUAACGAGGCACGUUUUGUUAUAAUAUUGUACGGAAAAAACGGUUACAUCACAAACACAGACAAAGGGAAAAAAACAAAGCGAAAUAUAUAUAAUAAUUUUUCAAACUGAAAAGACGAGGUUGUGUCAUAAUCAAAAGCAAAUAGUGCGUUGUUCUGAUCGGAAGAAAACAUGUAAAUAAUCCAGUACUUUACCGUUAGCGGCGCUGCGUAGAUUGUAGUCUGAGAUUAAUUUUACGAAUGCAUUCAGGUUACAAGCUAAGGCCAACAUCUGUGUGUGUGUUUGAAGAUUUUAAUUUGGAAAUUGAGAA